AUGAAGGCAGCAAAUCGCUUCAGUUCGCGAUUGAACCCACUGCCCCGCCUUUCUUCCCCACCUAUGGACUUCUACGUGCCCGAACACGAGCGGAUCGCCGUCACAACCAUGCCACCUGCCACACAUCCCACGCCUGCCGCACUCGAUACGCCCCGGUCGCCCGCGCCACAAAUCCCAGUGAAAAAGAGCAAGGCGAGGCUUGCCCCAUCAGACCUGACGACGGUCGAAAAGGCCAAUUACUACAUGAAGGAGGCGCUCAAGGACGAAACACCCGGCGAGGUUGUACAUCUGUGGAAGCUUAUGAAGAGAAACAACCUGAUCCCCAAUCGCGACUCGUACAAGCUCCUGGUGAGAGCGUUCGCGAUGGAGGGUCAAGCCGACGAGCCACUUCAACUCAUCAACGAGAUGGAUGAGAACAACAUUCAGCCCGAUCUGGAUAUUUACAACGGCCUGCUCAACUGUCUGGCAGAGGCAAAGCAGGGGUCGAGCUUCGGUAUCGCCAGCAUUUUGCUGUACGGCGUGCGGCACGGGCUCACGCCCAAUGCCACCUCUCAACACUUGCUCGUGUUGGCUUACGUCAACGCCGGCGACUUCCGCAGGGGUUGGCGGCAAGUCGAAGUCAUGAAGGAAAAGGGGAUCCAACCUUCGGCCGAAGUCUUUCAUGCUCUCCUCAGCUCUAGCAUGCUUCGUGCCCUUCCCAGAAACACUAUCCAGGUUGUCGAGGAAAUGGUGCGGCUGGGCAUUAAGUUGCGCAAGAACGACGUUCAGCAGGUGCUCGACAUUUGUCUGCGCAACGAGCAGCUCGACGACCUGCAGAACUUCAUCAAGCACAUGGAGGCCAGCAACACGCCGAUCAGCGAAAAGCAGCUCACGCCGAUACUCGUCUUUGCAGGCAGGCGCGCCAACCCCGAAUUCACACUCCAGCUCAAGGAAAAAUACGUGCACGCGGGGUGCACGAGACAUGCCGCACACACUGCUUACGAGUCUCUCAUCCGGUCGCAAGCCAACGCCAUCCGGUUUCCCGAGGCGUUCAAGACACUAGCGGAGAUGCACAAGGAAGGACUGAGACUUCGCUCGCACGCCUCGAGAGCCCUUGUCGAAGCCAUGAGCCGAGAUUGCCGAGUCAUUGACGACGUCUACGUCCAUGUCGAGCAGUUGCAAUCUUCCGAGGACGUGGAAGUGGAUCCCGAUGUGAUGCGCACAUACCUGAAUCUCAUCAUCGAGGCCUGUUCGCAGACGCAGCAGUUUUCCAAAGCGUUUGACACGUUUGCGGCGUUGGAGUCUUUCGGGCUCAAGCCCGACGUCCAGUCUUUCCACGCUGUUCUCAAGGGGAUUUGCAGCGUGCCCGGCCAUCUCGCUGCUGUGACGCAAGUCUACGACCAACUCGCCAAGAAUGAUCUGCGACCGACGGCCGAGACGUUUCACCACGUCAUCUCGGCCUUCCUGGUCAACAACGAGCUCCAAAACGGACUCGAGCUUCUCGGCGUCGCACGGGACCUCGAGGUCAACGUGGGCUACGACACCUGCGCGAUGAUCGUGCGCAAGAUGGCGCGCGUGCAGCACACCGAACUCCUCGAACGCGCCCAACAGGCCAUGGAGUCUCUCGGCUACCGGCCCGAGUACUUCCUCCCCCACCCCGCCCCCAAUUCCUACCAGCCUCCCGCGUUGGAGUCGUAUUUGAGCAGACCGCGAAGCAUGCCCGUCGACCUCGACACCUUGCGACAACGGCGGCCAUACUAG